UUUUUUUUCAAAAGAGACGCUUUGAUUUUGUUAAGUUUUGUUGCGUCGAAUUUUGGAAUUUAUUAAUUCACUAGUCAUUAUCGUUGUAUUGUUAUUAAAGAAGUGAUUGUAGUUUUAAGUCCACCUCAAUAAUUAUUUUACAUAGGUACUCAAACUCUGGGCCUAUAAAUAUAACUAUUCUAUAAAGUCGGCGUACCUCUAGUAACUGCUUCAAAAUGACUAUGGACAUAAGGCCAAACCACACAAUAUACAUUAACAACCUUAAUGAAAAGAUCAAGAAAGAAGAACUUAAGAAGUCCUUAUAUGCAAUUUUCUCGCAAUUUGGUCAAAUUCUUGAUAUUGUGGCUAUGAAAACCCUGAAAAUGAGAGGCCAAGCGUUUGUGAUCUUCAAAGAAAUUUCCAGUGCCACUGUGGCCUUAAGAAGUAUGCAAGGGUUUCCAUUUUAUGACAAACCAAUGAGAAUCCAAUACUGCAAAACUGACAGUGACCUCAUUGCCAAAGUUAAGGGCACAUUCCAAGAGAGGCCCAAGCGUCCAAAGAUGCCCAAGACUGAUGAGUCUCGCAAGAAGAAGGCUAAGGAAGUUAGUCGUCCCGGAGCAGUGGGCAUUGCCGGAGGUCUCCUCAACAAUGUGAAUGUGGAACAACCCCCCAACCAGAUCCUGUUCUUGACCAACCUGCCCGAUGAGACCUCGGAGAUGAUGCUCUCCAUGUUGUUCAACCAGUUCCCUGGCUUCAAAGAGGUGCGUCUUGUUCCGAACCGACACGACAUUGCAUUUGUGGAGUUCGCCAACGAGAUGCAGUCCGCCGCCGCCAAGGAAGCCCUGCAAGGGUUCAAGAUCACGCCCACUCACGCUAUGAAGAUCACAUUUGCUAAGAAAUAAGUAUUGUCAUUGUUAGUUUUACGUCUUAAGGUCAAUAAAGGGUAAGAUACUGAGAACUGUUUUGAGCAUUGCACUUCGCCAUAACAGCUCUCCCUGCUGUGAUAAUAUUUUAGUACCUGUUGAGUU